AAAUUCCGAGUAAACAACCCAGCAAACUAGCCGCAACGUUGACAGGAGAGGAACAAAACUUUUCCAUACACCUGACCGAGGGUUACCCUUCGGCUAUCGAGCUUGAACUGAGCGCAGAGAGCCUGGCAGGACACACUGCGGCAUUAACAUUAGACCGCAUGUCACCAUGACGCCUAAUGACGCUCUGGCAUCUGUCGCGAUACGGCUCGAAAUCUAAUUAAAAUAGCACAGCGUGUAAAGUCUUUAGGAGCUAACGCGGCACUCGAACGACACAGGUUUCGGGUUUUAGGAGCACGUUUGCGUAAGAAAGUGUGAUAGAGCUAGAGAGAGGUGCGGUGUCAUACGCUAGCUUGCAGCAGCGGUGAAGUUUCGCUCCCGGGGGAAUGCCGCAUAGUGGAAAAACAACAACAACCGACUCCUCCGUCGCCGUAAACGAGAACACCCGUUACUAUGUAGUAGUCCCGUUUUAGUCCUGUAAAUAAAUACUGUAUCUUCCCCUAUAGAAACAGUUCGGUUAAAAAAAAACACGGAAGAAGAAACGAUGCAAUAGAGAUAUCAUGAAGAGAAUUUAUCUGCCAACAGCACGGUGUGAAUUUGUAGAAUAGAUGUCAUAUUUUCGAAUCAGAAAUAUUCACGCGCUGCCCACGUUCCAGCUUCGCCCCAUAUGUUAGCGCGCAGUUGCUGCGUUGCCAGAUGUUAAAAGAAAAGAAAACGCGUGUUAUGCUAGAGAUUAAAAAUGGAAUUAACAAUGAAAACUGAUUUACUGGUUUCUAUAAUAAAACGAACGAACAUUUAAUAUAGAUUUUAAUUUUACGCUUAAUCAUUAUAUUACACUGUAAAGGCUUGCAAAGCGACAACACAUUAUAUUUGUAUAACUCUCUAAGAAUGGUCUCGCUGGAACAUUCUGUGUUUUUUUAUAGAUUUAUAAAUUACUGGCCAUGCAUCAGUGAAUCGUGAAUUCAUCUACAUUUAUUGGUAUUAAUCUUUGGUACAGGAGAGGAAGUUGGGAGACUGCUAUUAAUGAUCGACUGACUUAUUUUUCAAAGCAAGAAGACGCUUAUAAUAAGCGGACAUGGCAACACUAGUGGUCACCACGUUUAUGCGUAAGAGCGCUUCUUUGCCAAUGAAGUGUACUCUACCAAAAAAAGGCGUUUCUACACUGUUUGCUUGACAUAUAGCAUUAUUUUCCCUUUAAAAGGUGUUAGACCGCUUUAAAGAAUUAAAUAAUGCAUGCUGAGCUACACUCUUUGAUUACUUGAGUUAAAAACUUGUCAUAUAAGUCUUUGUUUUACUUCGUGAGCACACCAGGAAGACGCGUUUAAGUAGAAACUGAAAGUGAAAGGUUAGCUCUCUGAGUAUAACUAGAAAAGAUCGUUUAGACGCGGAGUCUCAUGCCAUUUUUUAUUCCCUUGCGAGAAGUAUUUUGAGCAGAUACCAAAAGGAGAAAAAAAAAGAUGGCAUCCAUCAUUUUCUAUGGCUGGGAAGUCUUCUAUGAUGAAGAUCAUCAUCUCCAGGCAGACCAGACACCCAAAUUAGGCAGACUCUAUACCAUGUAUCAUGGCACCACUGUUCAAACAGCCCGUCUGAUCAUAAAAACAGGCUUUAAACAGUCGGCAGAUGGAAUGCUGGGACCUGGAGUUUAUGUGAGCCGUAACCAGAAGAAAGCAGAACGCUAUCCUCUAAAAUCCCCCCCUACUGACAGAGUAGUGCUUAAACUAAGUAUUGAUUGUGGAAGAGUCAAAAAAAUUGAUAAGGACAACCAUCCCCUUCAGAAGUCGUGGUAUAGCCAGGGAUAUGACACUGCCUGGGUGCCUCCUAACUGUGGCAUGAUGGCCGUGCCCAGUGGUCUGGAAGAGGACUGCGUCUAUGACCCCCAGCGUAUCGAAGUCACGGAUAUUGCUCUCGCUCCCAACACGGCCAUCUUAAAUGAACUCCAACAGCUCAUCGCUCAAAACAAGAAGGGGUCAUCAAAUUCAAACAGCUCAGGUACAUGUACAGUGUGCAAGCUCAAACUAGGGCCUGCUCAUGCCAUACAGUCAUGCUGGGGGUGUGGAGAGACGAUCUGCUCUUUCCUGACCAAACAUGUGUGCAAUCGAUAGGAAACCGCUCCGGAAAUCACGGCACAUGCGUCAUUCAAGUUUUUGGACUGGUUUGCCGACAGCGCGCCAACGCAUGAAGUUAAACUGAAUGCUACUUCAUCCCUGUAUACGAGAUUGUUUACUUUCCUCCUAGUUCUCAGCGACACAAUCAUAUUACGUUAUUAUUCUUUUUCCUGUCAAUAGGUGCCACUUUAUUUGAUUAUGUUUAAAACUGAAAUGUAUGCAAUCACGUAUGACUGUGAAUGAUUUGAGAAUAAUUCUGCAUAAAAGACAAUAAAAAAAGAUGUAGAUAAGCA